UCUACUCUGGUCUAUCCUCUUUAUCUGAACCUGUACUUUAGUCUAUCCUCUUUGGGAAAACGUUUGAAAGUAAACACUAAAAAAAUUAUUUGAACGUGAGCUGCUGAUAAAAUGACGUGAUUGCAUUAAAAUUAACUUUUAAUCGACUGAAAAAUACCAUGAAAUUUGUACAAUAAAAUUAUUAAAAAUGGGUUCGAGGAUUCUAAACGACAUUCAAAACGAUCUCAAACUCCUAAUAACCUCCUUAACAGGAUUCGAGGAAUCAGACGAGGGUUAUCCGCUAUGCGAGCGCUACGUGUUUUCCAAUAUGAAACACCAUCGCUUUCUUUCGAUCAACAGUCACGCAGUGAAACGCACAAUCGCUGAAUUGGAGCAAAAAUUCCGAAUCUAUGGAAAGUACAAUGUUGCGAGAGAAUUUAAAACUCUCGUGGAGAAUUUUCUGACAAGUUUCGAUUUCGAGCAUCAUCCACAAUACGAUCUUCAAUGGUCCCUCCUCGGCUUACUUUUAAAUCUCUCGAGAGAUACCGCGAAAUCCGAAAUCGAUUGUCUACAUACGACAAAGGUCGACAAAACCCUAACAUCUUCAGCCUCAGAGGAAGUGGACGAGAUUGACUGGGGAGAGCAUCUCAAAGAGGGCGAGGCAAUCUUUUUUGCCAAGUACGCAAGUAGUUCCGAGUCGGAGUGGAGUGACGACGAUGAUGAAAAACUCUCAAAACUUUUUAUAAAUCCUGAAAAACCACAAAAAUUUGACAAUGAAUUAUGUCUUCCUUCUCUACAAUCUCCAAACCCUCUUCGCGACCAGAAAACCCCCUCCAUCUUCAAGGUAGUCAUCGAGUCUCGUAAUUGGCUAGACUCCAACGUCGAAAACACCUGGUGGAAUAUGAUAAACCCUUGUGAUACAAAACCUAACUCAAAUUUCUCUCAUGUCCAUCUUUUUAAAAUCUAUAACAAAGAAAUUCUUAACAAUUCUAAGUCUGUGGUCAUAAUCACUGAAUAUCAAGCAUGCAGGGAGUUGCUCUGGAUGUUUCAGGUGCCCAUAGAGAUGAUAAUCUUCAAAAAAAAAUCACUGAAUUCUUUUUAUGUUAAAGAAAAUGUUUCAAUCACGAGGUUAACUCCCGAAUCGUUUCAUUCUGCAUUUUCGACCUUUUGCAGAUACUUGGAGAUGAUUAAUCGAAUUAAUUUGUUUGGAAAGAGUAUCUAUAAUAUUUAUGAGGGGGGCGGGCUUCCUCCUUUGACUCUCGAGGUCUACAAUUCGUCUAUCAAAGAUUAUUAUCGCGAUGUUAAGAAAAAAAUUAUUGAGAUCGAACAAAGAGUGAUGAAGCAGAACGAUAUAAACACAUUUUUAACUCUUUCGAGAGAACUGGAAGUGCACUUGGACAUACUAGAGACUCUGGAUGAGGUUCACAGGUCCUUAGUACUUCCGGGAAAUGAUGAAAAUAAUUGGAAAAAGGCUUAUAAGCUACUCUUAUCGAUAUAUAAGGAGAUGGAGAACUCCAGUAGUCGAAAACGCACGAACCUCUGUGCCUCUUUAUAUCUCUCAUCUUUGAAGGUCUAUCUAAAUAUUAUCGACACUUGGCUGAGUGAAGGACGUCUGGAGGACUUCAGACAUGAGUUUCUAAUUUCAAAAGUCAAAAGAAAAAACUUUGAAGCUCAAGACAAGGAAGAAAAUGGGAGUUCUUCGUCUUUAUGGAGGAUUAAAUUCAUUAUGCUUGAGAAUGAAGAGCCUGAGACGCUAGAUCCAAUCAUGAAGAAAUUAUUCAGAAAAGUCAGGGAUAUGGGGAGGAGUAUUGAGCUGCUAGUGACAUUGGAUAGGAUAUCGGACAUGUGGAGAAUUAAUUCGGAACAAUUUGAAGAGAGGAUUCCGCUGUGUGAAGAAUUUACGAGGCGAGUUUUAGAAGGAUUGGAAAAGUUUGGGGGGGCAGAUGAGAUUGAUGAUGUUGAAGAAGUCAACAUUAUCAUGGAGAGUGAUUCCGAUGUUCUAUCUGAACAGCGAUUUACAGAGUUGGAAGAGAAUAUUAGACAGCAGGUGCUUCGGAUUAAUAAUUCAUUCCUUAUGAAGGUUUUCCAGAAGUAUUUACCUCCGAUUAAUGUUGAUGUUAUUGAUUGUAAAGGAGAUGAGACUACCAAAGCGUGUAGAGAAUCGUGUUCGGGGAUUCAAAUAUUUAAGAGAUUAGAAAAAAUGUCUCGGUAUGUUUUACCCUUUAGAAAGGUUCUUGAAGAAGUUCUUGAUGAGAUUCUCGAUAGAAGAUACUCCUGUGCUGCUAAAUUGGUGAAGGAUAUCUUGAUUAAUGAGUAUAAACUGGAGAAACACCUGAGGUUGAUGAGAUCUGUAUUUAUGAUGGAACGGGGACAUGUUAUGACGAGAUUUUAUCAGAUGAUGUUUAGCGAUGUUGAGAGGAAUGUAUCGGUCACUAAUACGGAGAACCUGACGCAUUUGUUGGAGGAGGUGCUGUCAGAUGAGUGGAGAGAUUCGAGUUCUCAUAAUCGGUGGUCUAUUUCUUUAAAAGACGUUUGUGCACGACAAGUCCUGCAGGCUGUGGAUCAUAUCAUGUUAAAUUAUGAUGCUGAUUGGCCAAUCAAUAUGGUGCUGACGAAGGAGGCAUUAAAGAAGUAUAAUGGUAUCUUUAGAUUUGGAUUGAAGCUGAAAUGGGCCCUAUGGGCUCUCAAUAAUCUAAGGUUUACUGACCUUGAAGGAAAGGAUUCUGUAAAUAUGAAUGACAUGCUCCACCAUUUUCACACAAGAAGACUGGAGAGCUUGAGAUUCUGGUUAUUACAUGCAAUUGGAUCUAUCCACUCUUAUCUAUGUGGUCAAGUAUUGCAGAGUCUUGGCUUGAUACUGGAACAAGAGUUGACAAUGGCUGAUAGCUUAGAUGCUAUUAUUCAAGCUCACAAUGAGUACUUGGAGAAAGUGCACGUGCAUUGUCUCCAAACUUCUCAGUUUUCUGAUAUCAUGGUCACAAUUAAUAACCUACUUGGAAUGUGCGUCCACGUGAGAGAACGUUGGCAACAUGGAGCAAAGCAACUGAUCGCGUCAGAACUGGAUCUCAUGGAGUCUAGUUUCACGAAGUAUCAUACUUAUCUCGCUCUAGCACUUCACAACGCAGUGCAAUACAAGGAGGCUGAUUAUUUGGCUGGCUUGACAUCUGCUUUUAACUGAAAGUGCUAUGCAGUUGUUCCCACAAAUUACACACAAAACUCUUUAUACAUUCUAAUCAAUUAAAUUAAUUUCGUUCAAUAUGAUGUUAUUACCAAAAACGUGGUCAUUUGUACAUUUUCCGUCCCCUCAUUAAAUACAUUCAUUAAUUCCCCAUGAAAUUAUGAACUCAUUGUCGAUGUAUCUAAUGAAAUUUCUUAUCGAGAUAUUGAGAAAUAUCCUAAAUAAAUCCAGUUUUUUUGUAA